CUGGAAAAACUUUAAGCUGGAAAAUGGAAAAAAUGGCAGUGGGCCUGGCGGGCUUUCUUCAACUAAUGGGCUGCUUUUUGUUCUUGGCCCAGCCGGAGGAUCGAUGCUCGCCGGCUCCUGACCUGGCCAGCUACCUCUUCCUGGGGGCCACGUUGUGUUUCCUGUGGGAUGUCUCCAUCUAUCCUCUCCGGUUCACGCACAUGGCCCACUUUUGGCAGCUCCUGGUGGAGAGUGUGGCCGCCAUUUUCCUGGCGGAAGUGGGCACUGUCAUCAUUUGGUGCAGCCUUGAAAGAUUCCUAUUCAACCUUACGGAUUUGCUCCUGACCUCCAUUUACACCAGCUGCGGUCCCUCGCCCCAUCGAUAUUGGCUUUCGGGACUAGUCACCAGUUUGGCCAGCGGUUCGGUGUUGUGGUACGUCCUUGAGGCCACCGACGGCAGAUACUACUUGAAGACGUUUAUCCGAAAUCUGAGUAACACGAUGCGGGGCUCCUGGCGAAUGUUGCGCUGCUAUUUCAGCAUGAAUCUAAGAGACCGACGUCGAGCAUUAAAGGUAUGCCAAUUGGCUAGGAAAACGGCUUGUCGAAAGCAGACAACUCGCAGAUGUCGAGCGGAAGAAAAUGAAGAAGACUGCCUGACCUAGCAAACAUUGCUAGUCCAGCUCUUUUCCUUGUCAGUCUUGUCUGUCACAAUAACUCAUUUUGUGGGCAAGGACACGAAAGCAAAAGAAAUGGUAUUUCUCUAGUUUUUUGGUCAUUUUAAAUGCCAAAGUGGGUCACCAAAGUGUCGAUUUCUGAGAGCUUAAGAAUAGUAGACAUCUGGUGGAGAGUAUCCAUUGCAGUUAUAGCCCAACUUGACCAAAUUAGUCUACUGUUUUUUAUAAGAUUAAUUUGUAAAAAAUUUAAAAACAACAAAAACCCAAAUGGAAACAGUAAUGUACUCGAGUAAAUGCAUUUUAUCCAAAACACU